GCGACAUAACCCGAUAUUGUCAUUUACAUGAUUAAGAAUAUCAAGUCCGUAACAGGAUAUUGAAAAAUAAUUACUAAGAUUUAAAAGGUGCGAUGGGGGAUGAAGAACAAGCGACUUUGGACGGACAGUUCGUCGACUUCGCAAAAAUGCUCGACCCCAAGGCUCGUAAUGGACUAACCAUCAACCUCUACAGAUUGGACUAUUGGUUGCGACAGGCCAAAGUUAUAGACGACCGGAAAAUCACUAUGACUGACACCGGCAUAAUAUUUAAUAAAUUCUACAAAUCGGAAAUAAAUUGGGACGAGUUCCUGGAAUUCUUGGAGGACUUGGCGAAUUUGAAGGAAUUAGAUUUGGAGAAGCUGCAUGAAACUUUAACCAACUGCGGUCUCCCGGGAUCUUGUGCUGUCUUCGUCCCACAGUACAGGGACUUCUUCCUGACUUACAAGCCUAAGGAGAAAAUGCUGUUUUAACUUUGUUUUCCUCAGGACUCGGAGACAUGUUAAAUUUUUUGAACAAGUUCACGCGCAACUACAUACUAUUUAUAAAGGCCAUUUUUGUAACGAUUCAUCUCGAAGAGAACCCAUAUUUUUCACUUUGACAAAAGAGUAAGAAAGAUGAAAACUUGGCGUUAUAAUUAAACUAGGUUAAAUCCUCUGGGAGUGGAGCAAUUACGAACAACUGAAUUAGCUUUAAAAUGGUGACAAAAGUGCCUGGUUCGGGCCCUGAUUUAACCCGUAACAGCGUCUGCAUAUUUGCAUGACUGCAAUCAUAGUUGUUCGGGUUGAUUUAUGGCACCUCUAUUGUCGCCGUAAUCAGCCAAAACAGUACACAUAGCGUAUCGCAUUAUACUGCGUUCAAUCGUUCACCUAGGAUGAAGUAUUCUCAUCAAAGCUUGCAUAACAAAUUAAUCAACUACAAAUAUGAAUCAAUAAACCGCUCCACGGAUGUUAGGUCACUGAGUUAAUACGUUUGACAUACGACGUUAUACAAAGGCAAUGGCGAGCUUGUCCACAGGAAGUUCAAUUAUUAUGUUACCUGUCUUUUUGUCAUGUAACGUAUUCCUAAUAAUGUUUCUUUCGCAAAAUGUCGCACGAGUGAUUUAUUAAAAUUUCUAUUGUGCGAUCAAAAUUACAACAUCCGAAUAGAAAACAUUACUUAUCAUUAUUCUAAUUGAUAUCUCUGAGCUGUGAUAUUUUUUAAAUAUUUUGUAAGAAUCAUAAAAAUAAAAGUCUAAUCCGAUCAGAUCCGUUAUAGUUAAGAUUUAUAUUUCAAAGCCUCUUUCUUAAAAAGUAAACAACUACUUAAUCCAACGGCUAAUUAAUACUAACACUUCCAUUUAGAUAAACAAAUUGCUUUUCUAUUCUUAACAAACAAGUACUAUUUUUAUAUAACCUAACGUUGAAUACCAAUAACAUAUUUGGAAGUCAACUAAAAAAAACCUAUUUGCACAAAAAAGCUUUUUAAUCAACGAUAUUCGUUCGGAUUAUAAAAUACAUUUGAGUGAAAAAAGACACCAGUAUUGUAAUCAAAUCAACACAGGUAUUGCGAGUGGCAUCGAAAUAUAUCAAUGACAGGGAUUCUGUAUUUGCAAAAACAUGAGUUCAAAGCCACAACCAAUCAACUUUAACCAAACUAUUUAUUAGUCAUAAAAUAAUGACAUUUCGAGAAGUGGACUGGGUGGAAUGGGGCAAAUCCAACCGGCCCAUUGGAUUUGAAACUUUGAAGUUUGUACUAGAUUUUGGUUUUGUGACUUAUAUCGAUUGGUAUACGGUCCCAACUGACUCACAAUCGCCUCAAUACCAGAUUGGGGAAGUACAAGAACAGAAAAUGUGUUUUUAAACUAAAAUAGCUAUCGUUUUUGUGAACACAACACUGUUCUUCCGAAAAUACAUACGUAACUUGUUAACCGAAAGCAUAAGAUAGUGGAAUGCCUGAAAAUUAGUUUUUUUGAAAUCUAGAAAGCAUUUGUUAAAGACCGCUUCAAGUUCUCAAGAUUUUUAAUUAAUAACCAGCUUCGCCUGCGACUUCGUCCGCGUGUAUUUGAAACAAACAUGAUUUUCAUACAAACUUUCACCCUCUAUUAUAGGGGGGUUGAUUUUUGAAAAAAAGCAGCGUAUAUUUGAACUGGGAUCUUUAACUUUAUGCAUGGCAAAUGUCAUCAAAAUCGAUUUAGGGAUUUAGCCGUAAUAGAACAAGACAGAUAUAUAGGCAGACUUUCGCAUUUGCAAUGUUAGUAUAGAGUGCUUUACUUCAAUCUAGCCUGAUGGAAGACAAUUAAGAGGUCUAUGGUGUUCCAAUCAAGCUCAAUAAAUUAAUGCCGAAAUUUCUAUGAAAAUGCAGCGUGAAAUUGUUUAUUGAGCUUCCGAUAAAUUUAACACUGUUUAUAUUCAAAAAGCGCGACACUAGUUACGAAACGAUUUAUAUUUUCAUCGAAAUAAAGGUUUACAAUGUGACUAUGAUUCUGGUAGAUUAUUAAAAUGAAAUAUUGUUUUCUUUUAUAAUUCAAUUGUUUUAACCGUUUCAACGAAGAGUAUAAUGUUUACUUUUGUUACAUAAGUGUUA